AGGCUCAUUGUGUGCUCAGCACUGUCUGAAUAAUUUGCUACAAGGGGAAUAUUUUAGUCCUGUUGAGUUAUCCUCUAUUGCACAGCAGUUGGAUGAGGAAGAAAGAAUGAGAAUGGCAGAGGGAGGAGUGUCUAGUGAAGAAUAUAGGACAUUCUUACAGCAGCCUUCUGUAAAUAUGGAUGAUAGCGGAUUCUUCUCAAUUCAAGUUAUAAGCAAUGCCUUGAAAGUUUGGGGUUUAGAACUAAUCCUCUUCAACAGCCCAGAGUAUCAGAGGCUUGGGAUCGACCCUAUAAAUGAAAAAUCAUUUAUUUGUAAUUAUAAGGAACACUGGUUUACAGUUCGAAAGUUAGGAAAACAGUGGUUUAACUUGAACUCUCUCUUGAUGGGUCCAGAACUAAUAUCAGAUACAUAUCUUGCACUUUUCUUGGCUCAAUUACAACAGGAAGGUUAUUCCAUAUUUGUAGUAAAAGGUGACUUGCCAGACUGUGAGGCUGAUCAGCUAUUGCAGAUGAUUCGGGUACAGCAGAUGCAGCGACCAAAACUGAUUGGAGAAGAGACAGCACAGUCAAGAGACCAGAGGCUACCCAGGAGUGAUGCGGACCAAGCAAUAGAAGUUAACCAUCCUUUUGACGGAACAGGCAUGUUAGAUGAAGAUGAAGAGAAUUUUCAGAGAGCCCUGGCUCUAAGUAGGCAGGAAAUUGAUAUGGAAGAUGAAGAAGCUGAUCUUCGCAGAGCCAUUCAACUCAGCAUGCAAGGUAGUCGUCGAAGUGAGCUCUCUGACUCAUUACCACAGAAUGCUCCUCCGUCGCCUCACACCAGUCAGACAGACUCCCUUUCUUCAGAAGAACUGCGAAGGAGAAGACAAGCAUAUUUUGAAAAGCAGCAACAACAGCUACAGCAGCAGGAUCAGACCCCAAGCCUACAUGAUAAGCCAACUCUAAGCUCAAGCACUCCAGAAGCUGACCCAGGUGGUGAUAUGAGUGAAGAAGACAUGCUUCAGGCAGCCAUGAAUAUGUCUCUGGAAUCUGUUAGAAACCACCUGAAUACAGAGGAGGAGAAAUGACAUAACUUUUUUUUCCCCUCUUACUGUCAAAACACUAUGUCUCCAUUAUAAUUUUACUGUGUGAAUGUUGCACAAGCAGGGCUCAUUUCAGAGUUUUGGAAGCAGGAAUAAAAGGGGGGAUGGAGGUCAGAGUUAGAGGGAAUCUGCAAAUACAAAAAAAUAUUGCACUAAUUUAGAAAACUGUAGCACUCCUA